CAUAUACAUACAUGAACCUGAGUCGGAACUGUGGGCGUCUCCCGGCAUGAGCUCACUCCAUGUCGAUUGCACCAUCCAGGUCCCAUUCAUCUUGAUCAUAUUAAAACUUGACCUCGCCGGUCCCAGCAUCGUCGGUUUCCUGAAGCCCUCUCUUCUGAACCAGCCCAGCCCAGCCCAGCCCAGCCAAGCCGUCUCGUCCCGCCCGGUACACCGUGCUGCCCCUCCAGAGUGACCCUCCCCCCCCCCAAUCCUCGAGUCACCCGCCAUGAAGCUCUCCUUGACAUCCGCUGCCCUCGCGCAGCUGCUCCUCGGCAUCGCGCAGCCCGUCCUCGCGGCCCCGAGCCAGGACCUGAGCACCAGCACCAUCCCGAAACUGGGCGCCGUCGCCUCCGAGACGGACAUCUGCAGCAGGAUCGGCACCGACCUCCUCCAGGAGGGCGGCAACGCCGCCGACGCCACCGUCGGCACCGUCCUCUGCGUCGGCGUCGUCGGCAUGUACCACAGCGGCAUCGGCGGCGGCGGCUUCAUGCUUGUCCGCUCGAGCAACGGCACCUACGAGUUCAUCGACUUCCGCGAGACGGCCCCGGCCGCCGCCUUCGAGAACAUGUACACCAACAACACGCGAGCCAGCAUUUACGGCGGUCUGGCCAGCGGUGUCCCCGGUGAGCUGCGUGGCCUCGAGCACCUCCACAAGAAGUACGGCAAGCUGCCCUGGGCCAAAGUGGUCGAGCCCGCGGUCAAGGUGGCGCGCCACGGCUUCCGCGUGAACGAGGACCUGGUCCGCUACAUGGACUCGGUCACGCCCAACGGCAACUUCCUGACCGAGGACCCGGCGUGGGCCAUCGACUUCGCGCCCAACGGGUACCGCGUGAAGCUGAACGAGACCAUGACGCGCCGGCGGUACGCCGACAUGCUCGAGACCAUCGGCCGGCAGGGGGUCGACGCCUUCUACACGGGCGCCAUCGCCAACGCCACCAUCGCCGCGCUCCGGCGCGCCAACGGCACCAUGACGCUCGAGGACCUGCGCAACUACACCGUCGCCGUCCGCGAGCCCGCCCAGAUCUCGUACCGCGGCUACAAGCUCACGGCCUGCAACGCGCCCUCGGGCGGCAUCGUCGCCCUCAGCGCCCUCAACAUCGUCGGCGGCUACGACGGCUUCGGCAACCCGGGCGCCCGCAACGUCACCGUCCACCGCCUCGACGAGGCCAUGCGCUUCGCCUACGGCCAGCGCACCAAGCUCGGCGACCCGUCCUUCGUCAACGGCCUGUCGGCCUACACCCGGAGCAUGAUCACCCCCGAGACCGGCGCCCUGGUCCGCUCCCGCAUUGACGACGCCGCCACCCAGAACGUCUCGUACUACAACCCGGAGGGCAUCGAGUCGCUCGAGACCCCCGGCACCUCGCACAUCGCCGCCGCCGACGCCAGCGGCCUCGCCGUCUCGCUCACCACCACCGUCAACCUCCUCUUCGGCUCCCAGGUCAUGGUGCCCGAGACGGGCCUCGUCAUGAACAACGAGAUGAACGACUUCAGCAUCCCCGGCUCCAGCAACGCCUUCGGCUUCAUCCCGAGCCCGGCCAACUACGUCCAGCCCGGCAAGAGGCCGCUGUCCUCCAUCUCCCCCGUCAUCGUCGAGCAGCCCGACGGCCGCCUGUACUUCGUCAUCGGCUCCGCCGGCGGCAGCCGCAUCAUCACCGCCACCAUCCAGAACCUGCACAACGUGCUCGACCGCAACCUCACCGUCCCCCAGUCGCUCGCCGAGCCCCGCUUCCACGACCAGCUGAGCCCCAACACGGCCGCCUUCGAGUACGCCUACGACAACGCCACCACCGCCUACCUCACCACCCUGGGCGUCAACGUCACCUGGGUCGCCCCUGGCGGCAGCACGGCGCAGGGCGUGAGGCUGCUGCCCAACGGCACCUUUGAGGCCGGCAGCGAGCCGAGGCAGAAGAACUCAGGCGGCUAUGCCGUCUAGGGUGUGUGAGUUGUAGUCUAGUGUAGUCUAGUGUAAUGUAGUUGAUACCUGGUUGGGGAAGUGUAUAGUACAGUACAAUAGUUUCAAUAAUGAUACUAAUGAUUGGAAGCAAAGCAAAGCAACUCUUCGUCUGGUGGUGGGAGGCAAAUUCGGUCUCUAUGACGUGGCCAUUCCUCGCUCCAUUUCUCAC